GUACCGCAGCCGACAGUAUCGACUCCGCGAGUCGCCCUGUAGUUGCGCAGAAGGACUAACGUUGAUAAAGAUUCGAUUCGGGGAAACGUUAUAGAUUUUAUUCACCAAUAGCAUGCAUUGUUUCUAUUCGAAAUAAACACAAAAAGAAAAUACAAUUAUCAAGUCAAAUUAGCUGGUAUCAUGAUGCUACGUUCGUACAGAGCUACUUACACAAAAUUCAGAGGUAUACGAUGCUCUCGAAAUUCAUCUUCUGUCUGUCAAAAUGAACCUGCACACCCAGAAAUUAAGACACCAGUCCCUGGUCCCAAAACUAAGGAACUUUUGAAGCAGCUUUCAUCGCUUCAGCAAGCCGACUCAGUGCAGUUGUUUGCGGACUACGAUAGGAGCAUCGGCAACUAUUUCGUGGAUGCCGAUGGUAAUACAUUUCUAGACGCCUUCACGCAGAUAUCCUCAGUGCCGGUCGGUUACAAUCACCCCGCACUUUUGGGAGCUUUUAACGAUGUGCAUAAUCUGCGUUCGUUGGUCAAUCGGCCAGCGCUGGGCGUGUUCCCGGGAAAGGACUGGCCCGAAAAACUUCAAAAUAUUUUGAUGCCCGUCGCCCCUCGCGGACUCAACAACAUAUCCACUAUGAUGUGCGGCUCCUGCUCGAACGAGAACGCGUACAAAGCUGUCUUCAUGUGGCAGAGGAGUAAGAAACGGGGAGGAAAGAUUGAAUUUACGCCCGAAGAAAUGUCGUCGUGUAUGGCCAAUCAACCACCAGGCUCUCCCAAUCUCUCCAUUAUGUCGUUUAAAGGAGGUUUUCACGGCAGAACGUUUGGCGCGCUCACCACCACAAGGUCAAAGCCCAUUCAUAAACUCGAUUGUCCUUCUUUUGAUUGGCCGGCAGCUCCAUUCCCGAGAUAUAAGUAUCCUCUGGAUCAGUUUCAACGAGAAAAUCAACAAGAGGAUGAAAGUUGUCUUGAACAAGUGGCUGAUCUGAUUCAACAGUACAAGACAAGGAGUCCCGUCGCGGGGAUCAUAGUAGAGCCUAUUCAAUCCGAGGGAGGGGACUAUGAGGCGUCGCCGGCGUUCUUCCAGAAACUGCAGAAGAUCAGUAAAGAGAAUUCAAUAGCGUUGAUAAUAGACGAAGUGCAAACUGGAUGUGGCCCGACGGGCAAGAUGUGGUGCUAUGAACACUUCGACUUGCCAUCUCCACCCGAUAUUGUUACGUUCAGUAAGAAAAUGUUAACUGGAGGGUUUUAUUACCACGAAGAGUUUAAGCCACCACACGCUUACAGAGUUUUCAACACGUGGAUGGGUGACCCAGGGAAAUUGAUUUUGUUGGAGAAGGUGUUGCAAGUUAUAAAACAAGAGAAUCUCUUACGAGUGGCCACAGAAACAGGGAAGGUGCUGAAAGAUGGCCUGCAUAAACUGGAGAACGAGUUUCCUCAUCUCAUCAACAGCGUCCGUGGCCGGGGUACUUUCCUGGCGUUUAGCUCGCCGAAAACCGAGAUCAGAGACAAAAUCAACAACAAAAUAAAAGAAAACGGUAUUUUAGGAGGAGUGUGCGGAGAAAACACUAUUCGUCUCCGGCCUGCGCUCGUAUUUCAGAAGAAACACGCGGAAAUAUAUUUAGACGCGCUACGGAAAACUCUGAAGAGCAUGUAAUAACUAAUAAGCGAGCAUUCGCUAAUAAAGUUAAUAACUUUGCAUUUAAUAGUCUCUAUGUGAUACAGUAUUAUUACUUAUCAGAAACUCUUUAAGUUUUGUGCCUACUGUUUAUUAUCAUAUUGUUUUGAAUUUUGAUCAUUUUAAAUGUAAUUUCUAAACGCAUCAGCCAACAACUUGUAUUAGUCGUGAACUCGUGAGUAGGUAAAGUGAAACUAAAAUAUAACGCAUGCCUCAAAUACUUAUGUCUUCCAUAAAACCUAUUUAUGAACUCUAUGCUAUAAGUACCUAACUAAAUGUUUAUAAAAUAACCUAUUAAUAAGAAGGUAGGUAAGUAGGUAUUUGUGCCGAGCGUUUUUUCCUCGAAUUAAAUACUUAAUGAAAUUUGUCU